AUGAGCUGUCCGUGCUUAUUUGCUACUAAUAAAGUUAUUCAUGUAUAUUCAAAUAAUGACUGUUCCCCAUCCAUUAAUAUAAUCAAGAAAACCAGAAGUGUUUUUAAAAAAAAGCUUGUAUCUCGAAUGAAACUGAAAAAUUGUCUUUACAACUGGACUUCUGUACUCUCCGAUGUUCUCUCCGAAUGGAAUUCAGAAUUCUCAUCGAGUGUCAUGAAUAAACCCAUUAAUAUUUUCAGAACACAUCCUCCAAAUAUAGAGAAGUACAUGUACCCUCCAUCCGAUGAUGAUCUGCUGCCUUCUUAA